GGACUUGAUCAUGUCGCUCGAGCGCAAAGAGGAUUGGAAUUCCAAGCAGCUGUAUUUUGGGGGUGCCUGUAGGGCUGUCACAUGGACUCGGACAGUUUCAUCUAACGGUUGGCGCCAGACAUGCGCUGCUGAUGUCGCUGACAUCUUGGUUGACGACGGAUCAGUGCAUUCGUCUUUGUUGCCCGGGCUGGGCAAAAAGUUGACACUGGGGGACCUCUACUCAGCUUUCCCUAUCCUGAGCCCGGAUGGUGACGAUAUUCUUUAUCUCAAAUCUGUGUUGGAACCUAGUAUUCAGGAUGGAUGGGUGGCCGCUCUUGACUUGGGAAACAAGGCAGUGAAAGCAAUUGGAAAGUAUUAUCUUCCGGAUGAUUUUUAUUACGAACUUCGCUAUGACCUUCAACAUCCUUUCUUUGCCUGUACAUUGUCCCGCCAUCUGGAUAUGACUCCAGGCACUGAAGUCUCAGCGUGUCGCAAGAUCCCAGAGGAGGCUAGCAGCUCUGCAAAUCAUCCAAGUAACUCCUCAAUCUGUGUGGGUGAGCUCAAUUCCUGCGAACCAAGGAGCAAAAUCCAAUGGCCAUUGGAAUGGGCUCAGAAAAACAAGCGUGCACGGUAUGCUGCUGGGAGUAUUAUGCAGAAUGAUCAUAUUUCCCAGGUCCAUCCUAUUGAAAAUAAUCUGCGGAAGCAGCUUGAUGAGAAGGUGCUGGAGCUAGAGCGGGAGAUAGAGCAUGAGCUAGAGCGGAAGAAAGAGCGGAAGACACAACAGCAGUGCUUCAAAAAGUGGGAUGUGCAAUGCUAUCCCCCUGGGCAGUCAUUGUGGCCCCAAAACAAUCUGCCAGCGCGGCAAUACUUCAACAAGCCAGAUGGACCAUGUGGCCCUGGUUAUGCAUCGUUUGCCCCUGUACAUGGUCGUCACAACUACCAGCCACUGUGGCAGAAGCCACCACCAUUAAAACAGCUUUUCACUUAUAGCAGUGAGUUUGGACCUCAUGAGGUACCCCAGCCAUCCGUCAACAAUAGCAGUGGAGUCAUCUACCAUUGAUUCACCUCCUCCUUCGCAGUGUCAUCCAACACCUAGUGAGAACCCUUGUGUGUUUCAAACUUGAAAUUUGAAGAGGGUUACAUAUUGUCAAUACUAUGCAAGGUAAUAUCCUCUCAUAGUUUGACACUGUUGCUUGUGGUCUAUAGGAUCAUUGCUUAUGGUCCGAACUGUGAGAAAUGUUUAUUUCCUACUCCCUCCGUUUCCAAAUAUUUGUCUUUCUAGAGAUUUCAACAAGUGACUACGUACGAAGCAAAAUGAGUGAAUCUACACUCUAAAAUAUGUCUACAUACAUCUGUAUGUUGUGUCCAUUUGAAACGCCUAGAAAGACAAAUAUUUGGGAACGGAGGGAGUAGAAAUUGUUUGGAAACCAGUAGUAAUCAUGGCUAUGCUUCUGGUAACAGGGGACCUCUUCCUUCGAACCGCUGGGAGAUACAUGAUGUCUCUUUCCAAUAGCCAAGGUAAGGUGAAGAAGUUUUAUCUAGAUCUUAACAGUAGCCAAGCUGCUGAUCGAAGAAGAGGCCUGAUGACGACGCCACUGGAGCUGUUAAUAUAUGUAUUUAUGUACUCCCUCCGUUCCAAAAUAGAUGACCCAAAGAGUAGUAGAUGGGCAAAACCAUCCUACCUUCCAGUGUGGUGUAUGUGUACGGGCUUAGUACUGGACUGCCUUAUUAUAGUAACCUACCUAGCUGUUGAAUUGUAUAGGUGAUGUUUAUCUUCUUCAAGUUUAUGCGUCGCUAUCUUGGGCGACGCUCAGGCUAGCAGGAGGUUUGCUCUGGCUGGAAUGUGGACCUCCGUACUGUUUUGUGGGCCUGUGGGCUGUGGCAGAUGUUUUCUGCUCCCUCCGUAUCUAAAUAUAAGUAUUUUUAGAGAUUCUACUACAAACUACAUAUUGAUGUAUAUAGACAUAUUGUAGUGUAGAUUAAUUCAUUUUGCUCCGUAUGUAGGCCAUGGUGGAAUCUCUAAAAAGACUUAUGCUAUUUA